AUGUCAACGAAAGCUGCCUUGAAAGCGGCAAAAACAGCCCUCGACAAUCAGCAAUAUGACAAGGCAGCCAAGCAAGCACAGUCUGUGCUAUCAUCAGAUCCCGACAAUCACUUCGCCAAGCUGUUCCUAGGUCGUGCUUUCGAGAAGCAAGGGAAUUUUGACGAUGCGGCAAAGACUUACAACUCCGCCGCCAAGGCAAAACCGGACGACUCGCAAGCGUGGCUUGGUCUUUGCAGCGUGUAUGAAGCACAAGGCGCCGAGAGACUCAAUGAAUAUCGAGAAGCCGCGGUGAAAGUGGCCCAGAUACAUGCUGCUGCGGAUGACAGAGAUCGCUGCCAGGUUGUGAUCGACAAGCUCGUGGGGUCCACGAAGCAGCAUGGCAAUCAGUUUCAGCAGAAGAAGACGCUGAAGGUCUUGCUUCCUGGUGGCCCUGUCUAUGAUUUCCUCGAGGGUCGAGUUCAGCAACCUGUCAUUACGUACAUGCGUCUGGCUGAGAUCACCGAGACCGAUGAAGCGCAGCGCAUCAGCAAGGAAGUUGGCGAGAGGCGGACGAGAAUUGGCGCAAAGCUGGGGCAGGUCACUGUAGAUGUGAAGCGAGAAGUCUUUGGAAGCAGUGAUCUGGAGCGACUUUACCAAGAAGUUAUCAAUUGGUCCGGUGAUGACGAGGUGCGGAGGCAGUUCGAGGAGAAACUGCUUCAACGAGCAUUUGAUGUGCUCAUCGUUCUCACUCUGGAAGAAAAGGCUGCUAAGCUGGACCAGGUUUUGAAUCUGGCCGAAGGCAUGGUUAUUAUUCACCAUCCAUUUCAGCUGGCUUGGGACUUGGUACUGGAGACGAGAGACCUUGACGAGCUACGGGACCUGGAUGCCGGCAUACUGCGAGAAUACGUGGCAUUGUUUCCGACCUCUGGCCUCGGCAGAAUCUUGGAUGGCUGGCUGAGCAGUGAGCUUUCACCAUUCCCAGCGCCGCCAAAAGGCGAGGAUGAUGAGGAGCCCCCAAAACAGCUCAGUGCAGAGGAUCGGUUGCUACUGCUUACUGAGGGUCUUUCCAGUGCAGAACAGUCUCCAUUUGCGCAUCGGCUAGUGAGUGACUACUACCUACACCUGGAAGAACAUGAAAGCGCUGCAGCAACUGCAAGAUCAGGUCUUAGGGCAGUGCAAGUCGAGUCAGGCAAGCUUGGAAUGAGCUUCCAGAACACUAAAGAUGCGUUGAAUUCCGUACUGGGCACAGCUCUGGUUCAUUAUCAAGCUCCCAGGAAUCAUGCAGAAGCUCGGAGACUAUUCGAAGACAUUCAGCAACGCAAACCAAAGUCCACGCCGGCGUUGAUCGGUCUCGGCAUCAUUCUGGAAGAGACCCAGGACUACCAGGAUGCGAUUGCUUUCUUUGAGCGAGCUCUGCAGGAAGACAAGGGCAACGUGCGCGUGGGUACGGAGCUUGCUUGGUGUAGGGCACUGAGCGGUAACUACUCACAAGCUAUUGAAGAGCUUCAGAAUGCGCUCGAGGUGAUCAGGCCUGAUGAUCCACGCUCAAAAGACUUGCGGGCGCAGACUAUAUACCGGCUGGGAGUGUGCCUCUGGGAGACUGACACAUCAAAGGCGGCACGGCGGGAUCGAAAUGGCGCUUACAGUCAGUUUCUGGCUGCCAUACGAACGAACGUCAAUUUCGCUCCUCCGUAUACAAGCUUGGGCAUCUACUACGCCGACUACGGAAAGGACAAGAAGCGCGCACGACAGUGCUUUCAAAAAGCAUUCGAGCUGUCCCCUGCCGAGGUCGUGGCAGCUGAGCGCCUGGCGAAGUCAUUCGCUGACCAAGGUGACUGGGAAAUUGUCGAAGUCAUCGCUCAGAGGGUGGUUGACUCGGGCAGGGCACGACCGCCUCCGGGUUCCAAGAAGAAGGGCAUUAGCUGGCCAUUCUCGGCUCUUGGAGUUGUUCAGAUGAACAAGCAGGAGUACCAGCAGGCGAUUGUCUCGUUCCUCGCAGCUUUGCGCAUCUCACCUGAAGACUAUCAAUCAUAUGUUGGCCUUGGUGAGAGCUACCACAAUUCCGGACGAUACAAUUCAGCACUUCGGACUUUCAAUUACGCUCUUGAGCCGCACGAUGGCAUUUCGAUGAAGGUCUCCGGUGAGAUAUGGUUUGCGAGAUACAUGCUUGCCAACGUACACAGGGAGCUUGGCGAGUAUGAUGAAGCCGAAGCUGGCCUUCGACAUGUCUUAGAGGAGCGACCGACAGAGUUUGGUGUGCUGGUGUCGCUUCUGCAGACUUACGUGGAACAUGCUGGCAAGUGUUUGGAAGGUGGGCUCUUCGGUCAGGCCGUUGAAAACGCUAAGAGCGCGAUUGCGAUUGCGAUGACAAUCGCGAAAGAUACGCCCAACGCUUUCAACUUGUGGAAAGCUGUUGGAGAUGCAUGCUCACUGUUCUCAUGGAUCCUGAGUGGCACAUCGGACUUCCCCACCGAGGACAUCAAAGCGCUGCUGGAUACCUCAAGCGAUGGGAAUACAUACGAUAUCCUCAGCGAUGUUGAUCGGAUUACUUUAACAGGUAUCGACGAUGACGGUGGAUUGCCCACAUCUUUGAUCGCAACUGUACUUGCGUACAAGAGAGCCGUGCACGCAUCGUCUCACGAUGUCCAUGCGCAAGCUGUCGCAUGGUACAAUCUCGGCUGGGCAGAACAACGAGCCCAUGCUUGCAGUGAUGCUAAGGCUGGGAAGAAGUAUCUUACUACUGCAGUGAGAAGCUUCAAGCGUGCGAUUGAGCUAGAAGCUGGCAACUACGAAUUCUGGAAUGCGCUAGGCGUGGUCACUACCACUCUCAACCCAAAGAUUGCUCAGCAUGCUUUCGUGCGCUCUUUGCAUCUCAACGAGCUCAAUGCCAAGGUCUGGGCCAACUUGGGCGUGCUCUAUCUGCUACAAAACGACACUGAGCUCGCACACUCAGCAUUCAGCCGGUCUCAAAGUACGGAUCCGACCUAUGCGCAUGCUUGGAUCGGCGAGGGCUGGAUAGCAUUGCUCUUGGGCGACACCAACGAGGCGCUGAACCACUUCACUCAUGCCUUGGAGAUUUCGGAUUCCACAUCCGUCAUUGCGAAGCGACAAUAUUCCGUCUCCAGCUUCGACUAUCUUUUGACUUCGCCGACGGCGUCGAACGACCUCACGAAGCUGAUCCAACCUAUCUUCGCCCUCGAACAGCUUCGUACCCAAGUCCCUCAGGAUCUGCCGUACCAACAUCUUGCUGCGCUACUACUCGAACGUGUUGGCGAUCACAUAGCCGCCAUCGAGGCACUGACAGAACUCGUUGAGGCAGCAGAAGCUGAGUUCGAGGCCACAGAGUCACAGGCUGCGGAAGCGAGAUAUGCCAUGGCGAAGUCUGAUCUUGCUCGUAAUCAGCUCGCAGCAGGCUUAUUCGCAGACGCUGUCGAGAACGCGGACACUGCACUUGACCUCACGUCUGGUGCUGAUAACAGCGGCUUAAAUGCAGAGGCCCGACGCAGACUUCGACUUUCGGCGCAACUCACCUCCGCAUUGGCCCAAUACAAUCUCGGUCAGCUGAACGACAGUAUCACCAUGUUCAAGGCGGCGCUCAAGGAGAGCCAGACAAAUCCGGAUGUUGUCAGCUCGCUCGUCAAAGUGUUGUGGGCAUACGGCGAGAAGCAGGUCGCCAGCGAUUCUGCGUUCGAGAGCUUUGAGAAGAAUCCAGACCACGUUGGGGCGGUGACCCUAUUAGGUGCCAUUGCUGCCCUCAAUGACAAUCACGAAACGGCUGCUGCUGUGCGCGACGACCUAUUACUUCUCCGUACGAAGGACACUAUCUCUGGUCAUGACCUUGAUGGGAUUGAAAACCUUCUAUCGGCAAUGGCAGCUAUUACAACAGGAAGUGGAGAUGAAGGUGCCUUGGAAGAAGCCCGGGCUGCCAUCAUGCUGAAGCCAGACCAUCCUCAAGCAUGGUCGGAACUGGCCGAGCUUUCUGGCGAAGUGUACGCAGCCGAGAUGGCGCUGAAGACUGCUUCACAGGCUGUGCCGCCGCUUGGCGAUAUGGAAGUUCGCGAGUUGGCGAGAGCGUUUGCUGGUGUUGGCACUGCGGGAGAUGCUCAGCGAGCCAUCUUCCUGGCGCCCUGGGAAAGUUGUGGUUGGAAUGCUAUGAGUGAAGUCAUUGGCAACAGGUGA